GACUGCGGUUAAUCCAGCUCUGAGAGGAGCCGAGUUAGCUGCCAUCCAUCCGUGCCACCGAGUCAGUGAAUUGAAACACGACGGCAAACAGUGGCACGUGACAUAUCUACGAAAUAACGAUUCUGAUUGAAUAGAUUUUGCGGUUUCCUUGUGAGACAUCGUUGUGUAUGCACGCUGCUGACCAUGGCAAGCAUUUUACGGUAUUUCGGGUACCUCGCCGAGGACAACCGACUGGAUGAAGCAACAGGACUAACGGAUAGACAGAAAAGGCUGGUGCAGAACACGUGGACAGUGAUAAAAAAGGAUCAAGUCAACUCGGGGGUAGCCGUGAUGAUCGCAUAUUUCACCAAAUACCCGGUGUAUCAGCAAGAGUUUCAACCGUUCAAGGACAUGCCAUUACCCGAACUGCCAGCUAACAAAAAGUUUCAGGCUCAUUGUGCUAACAUAAUUGCAGCCUUAAAUAGUGUUAUCGAUUCCUUGCACGACCCGGGAUUAAUGGACGCGAAUCUGAUCAUGUUGGCUGAGCGUCACAAAAAUCGCGGACAGACGGAGCAGCAAUUUCAGGAUAUGAAGCAGGUGAUACUGGACGUUUUUCGUCAGAUACUCGGGAAACAAUUCACUCCAGAAGUGGCUGAAGCGUGGAACAUAACCGUGGAGAGAACGUUCUCGAAGAUUUGUAAUGUUCUGGCAAAUUAAAAGUAGAUUAGCCACACGAUUUGUUUUAUAUGUUUCAUACAAUUGGAAAGCAGUUCCUUAGGGAUCGUCCCAUGCCAUCAUUUUGGCGCUCGAAAAAGGUUUACAUAACGCUAUUAGAUAGCAGUGAAUAUCCUUAAAAACGAGAAAUUUGUGCUUUGUCUGGUUUUGUCAAAAUAACUUCCCAAAGAAAGGAACUCGAGUUCGUUUAUGUUUAUGCUAAUUUGAGUUUUUAGUGUUCCAAUGUUGAAUAUGUUAUAAUUGUUUACUAAUAAGGAAUGGCAUACUUCUAAAUACAUUAUGAUAUUACAAUUUCUGAUUGCGCCACUCUCUAGCACGCGAGAUCAAACAAUGCUGAGUUUUGUCAAUCGAUGAUUUUUCUGAAUGAAACAAUGAUAAUUAUCGCAAUGAUUAUCGUGUCUAGCUACAUAUAUCGUAAUACUUGUUGCAAAACGAUUAUCUUGACAACACGCACUAAUCAGUCAUUUGUUAUCAUUCUAGCGAUAACAAUAGUCUACUACAGAUGCGAUCUUAAUUCCUCAAUUGUUCGUUCUGUUUACUAUGACUAAGAAAUAAUAAAUACAGCAAAAGUUCUGCACUAACCAGUUGCAGCAGAACAAUGUGGACUUUCAACGGCAAA